AUGUUGCGCUCUUCCAUAACCUCGCUGCGCGCCGGCCGUGUCAUCGCCACAUCCCAAGCUCCCGCCACAUCGCGGGUGAUGUUCUCAACGUCAUCCCAUCUCCGAACAGAUAUUAGCAGCAGCGCAUUGCCAAAACAAAAGCCCGUUGGCGCUUUUCGCGGAGGCUUAUUCGGCUUCUUGCUAGGCUCUGUCGCCGCUGGUGCGUCCGUGUAUUACUACGUCCUCAAAGAGUACAGAGUAUCGAAUGAGCUUUUGACGGAGGAUAUCUAUUCUCUUCAAAACGCAUCACAAAAGUUGAACAAAUACAUUACCGAGCUGGAGACCAAGAUCGACCAGCUAAAUAAAAAGAAAUAA